AUGUUUACGUUCACUGCGAACCCGAACCUUCCUCGUUUUUCAGCUCUUAUUUUUUUUCAUGGUUAUGCGCUUAUCGCUUCUUCUGUCGUAUCUUUUUUCAAUUACUUUUACUUCUUUCUUAGUUUCUACUUUUUUUCUUUCCUACAUUAUUUUAACUUUUUUGGUUACAUAUGUUUAGCUUCUAUCUUUUUCUUUUCUUUACUCUCUUUACUUAUUUCUUCUUUCCUUCUUCCAUAUUUCUUUCUUUCUUUCUUUAAAUUAUUCCUUAUUUUCUUUAUGUCUCCAUUUCUUUUUUUCUUUCUUUCUUUUUUUUUCUUUUCUUUCUUUCUUUCUUCAGUAGGUUUUUCUUCAAUACUUUCUUUCUUUCUUUUAUAUUUUAUUCCAUUUCUCAUACUCUUUAUUUCCUACGAAUAUUCUUAUUCGUCUUGUUCUUUUUCAAUCUUCUAUAAUUGCGUCUACUUCCUUUUUAUCUAUUCAUUAAUUUCCAUUUCUUCACUCCGCUCAUCAUUUCUUCGCAUUUUCUCUUUCUUUCUUUCUUUCUUUCUUUCUUUCUUUCUUUCUUUCUUUCUUUCUUUUAUUAAGUUUCAUUUUUUCCUACCUAUUUUUAUUGUUUUCCAUAAUUUUUUUUGUAAGUUCUAUAUUUAUUUGGUUCUUUAUUUCUUUUUUUCUAAAUUAUCCUCAUUUUUUUCUUUUCCUUUUUUCUUUUUCUUUUUUCGUAUUCUCAUCUAUCUAUCUAUCUAUCUAUCUAUCUAUCUAUCUAUCUAUCUAUUUCACACUUUUUUCUUAUUUUCUUAUGUAUCUAUCUCACACUUUUCAUACCUAUCUCUGUCAUACACCAUUCAUAUCUAUUUAUCUAUCUCGAAUUUUUCAUAUCUAUCUAUCUAUCUAUCUAUCUAUCUAUCUAUCUAUCUAUCUAUCUAUCUAUCUAUCUAUCAAUUUUUCCUUAUCUAUCUAUCAAUUUUUCAUAUAUCUAUCUAUCAUCACGAUUAUCAUAUCUAUCUAUCUAUCUAUCUAUCUAUCUAUCUAUCUAUCUAUCUAUCUAUCUAUCUAAGUGUAUUCCUUAUCUAUCUAUCAAUUUUCAUAUACAUCUAUCUAUUUAUCACACGAUUAUCAUAUCUAUCUAUCUAUCUAUCUAUCUAUCUAUCUCUAUCUAGUGUAUUCAUCUUAUCUAUCUAUCAAUUUUCAUAUCUAUCUAUCUUUUUAUCACACGAUUAUCAUAUCUAUCUAUCUAUCUAUCUAUCUAUCUAUCUAUAUAUCUAUCUAUCUAUCUAUCUAUCUAAGUUGUAUUCCUUAUCUAUCUAUCAAUUUUCAUAUAUAUCUAUCUAUCACACGAUUAUCAUAUCUAUCUAUCUAUCUAUCUAUCUAUCUAUCUAUCUAUCUAUCUAUCUAAGUGUAUUCCUUAUCUAUCUAUCAAUUUUCAUAUAUAUCUAUCUAUUUAUCACACGAUUAUCAUAUCUAUCUAUCUAUCUAUCUAUCUAUCUAUCUAUCUAUCUAUCUAUCUAUCUAUCUAAGUGUAUUCCUUAUCUAUCUAUCAAUUUUCAUAUCUAUCUAUCUAUUUAUCACACGAUUAUCAUAUCUAUCUAUCUAUCUAUCUAUCUAUCUAAGUCUGUUCAUUAUCUAUCUAUCAAACAAUUUUCAUAUCUAUCAAUCUAUUUAUCACACAAUUCUCAUAUCUAUCUAUCUAUCUAUCUAUAUAUAUAUAUAUAUCACACAAUUCUCAUAUCUAUCUAUCUAUCUAUCUAUCUAUCUAUCUAUCUAUCUAUCUAUCUAUCUAUCUAUCUUCUAAUUAAUCUUAAUUACCCCAUUUCAUUCUAUAAAUUAUAUCUAUCUAUCUAUCUAUCUAUCUAUCUAUCUAUCUAUCUAUCUAUCUAUCUAUCUAAGUGUAUUCAUUAUCUAUCUAUCAAACAAUUUUCAUAUCUAUCUAUCUAUUUAUCACACAAUUAUCAUAUCUAUCUAUCUAUCUAUCUAUCUAUCUAUCUAUCUAUCUAUCUAUCUAUCUAUCUAUCUAUCUAUCUAAGUCUGUUCAUUAUCUAUCUAUCAAAAUAUUUUCAUAUCUAUCUAUCUAUUUAUCUCACAAUUCUCAUAUCUAUCUAUCUAUCUAUCUAUCUAUCUAUCUAUCUAUCUAUCUAUCUAAGCUUCAUAAAUAAAAAAAAAGCAUAUUUUUUCUAA